UUGGUUCCUUCCAACCCACCCGCUCUCCCCCCGAGUACCAAGAUGGCGGCAGAAGGAGCUGGUGGGAAAUACAGAAGCACAGUCAGCAAAAGCAAAGACCCCUCGGGGCUGCUCAUCUCUGUGAUCAGGACCCUCUCGACCAGUGAUGACGUUGAAGAUCGAGAAAACGAGAAGGGGCGCCUGGAAGAGGCCUACGAGAAGUGUGACCGAGACCUGGAUGAACUGAUCGUGCAGCACUACACAGAACUGACGACAGCCAUUCGCACGUACCAGAGCAUCACAGAGCGCAUCACCAACUCCCGGAACAAGAUAAAGCAGGUGAAGGAGAAUCUGCUUUCAUGUAAGAUGCUGUUGCACUGCAAACGAGACGAACUGCGGAAGUUGUGGAUUGAAGGGAUUGAACAUAAGCAUGUCCUGAACCUGCUGGAUGAAAUCGAGAAUAUCAAGCAAGUGCCUCAAAAGCUGGAACAGUGCAUGGCGAGCAAGCACUACCUCAGUGCCACCGACAUGCUGGUGUCAGCAGUCGAGUCUUUGGAGGGCCCCCUGCUCCAGGUGGAAGGCCUGAGCGACCUCAGGUUGGAGCUUCACAGCAAGAAGAUGAACCUUCACUUGGUUCUCAUAGAUGAACUGCACCGGCACCUUUAUAUCAAGUCCACGAGCCGAGUUGUGCAGCAGAACAAGGAAAAGGGGAGGAUGAGCUCCCUUGUGAAAGAUGCUUCUCCUGUUCCUCUACUUGAUGUUACAAAUCUUCCUACUCCUCGAAAAUUCCUCGACACCUCUCAGUAUUCUACUCCGGGGAGCUCAAGUGGGAAGGAGAUAAGCCUCCAGGACAUCAAGGAAGAUUUGGAAUUGGAUCCGGAAGAGAAUAGCACUCUUUUUAUGGGCAUUCUCAUCAAAGGGCUGGCCAAACUGAAGAAGAUUCCAGAGACAGUGAAGGCAAUCAAAGAACGCUUGGAGCAGGAGCUGAAGCAAAUUGUGAAGCGGUCCACAACCCAGGUGGCCGACAGUGGCUACCAGAGGGGAGAGAACAUCACUGCUGAGAACCAACCAAGGUUACUUCUAGAACUGCUGGAGUUGCUGUUUGACAAGUUCAAUGCUGUCGCCACUGCACACUCUGUGGUCCUGGGAUACCUGCAAGACACUGUUGUGACUCCACUGACGCAGCAGGAAGAUGUCAAAUUGUAUGACAUGGCAGACGUGUGGGUGAAGAUCCAAGAUGUUCUGCAGAUGUUGCUGACUGAGUACCUGGAUAUGAAAAAUACGCGUACGGCUUCUGAACCAUCAGCGCAACUGAGUUAUGCCAGCACUGGACGAGAGUUUGCAGCCUUUUUUGCCAAGAAGAAACCUCAAAGGCCAAAAAAUUCUCUUUUCAAGUUCGAAUCAUCCUCCCACGCCAUCAGUAUGAGCGCCUAUCUGCGAGAACAGAGAAGGGAGCUGUACAGUCGGAGUGGAGAACUGCAAGGGGGUCCUGAUGACAACUUAAUUGAAGGUGGAGGAACAAAAUUUGUCUGCAAACCAGGAGCUAGAAAUAUUACUGUCAUAUUCCAUCCAUUACUAAGGUUUAUUCAGGAGAUAGAGCAUGCCCUGGGACUUGGCCCAGCCAAGCAGUGUCCUCUUCGAGAGUUUCUCACCGUGUACAUCAAAAACAUCUUCCUCAAUCAGGUCUUGGCUGAGAUCAACAAGGAGAUUGAAGGGGUCACGAAAACAUCCGACCCCCUGAAGAUCCUAGCUAAUGCAGACACCAUGAAGGUGCUGGGUGUGCAGCGGCCUCUCCUGCAGAGCACAAUCAUUUUGGAGAAGACAGUGCAAGACCUCAUGAACCUGAUGCAUGACUUGAGUGCUUACUCGGAUCAGUUCCUCAACAUGGUGUGUGUGAAGCUCCAGGAAUACAAGGACACCUGCACUGCAGCCUACAGGGGCAUUGUCCAGUCAGAAGAAAAACUUGUCAUAAGCGCAUCUUGGGCGAAAGAUGAUGAUAUCAGCAGGCUCUUGAAAUCUCUUCCAAACUGGGUUAAUAUGGCUCAACCCAAGCAGCUGAGGUCCAAGAGAGAAGAGGAAGAAGAUUUCUUAAGGGCAGCCUUUGGCAAGGAGUCAGAAGUGCUUAUUGGGAACCUGGGUGAUAAGUUAAUCCCUCCGCAAGACAUCCUCCGUGACGUCAGCGACCUCAAAGCCUUGGCCAACAUGCAUGAAAGCCUGGAAUGGUUGGCAGGUCGAACAAAGGCAGCCUUCUCCAAUCUUUCCACAUCCCAGAAUCUGUCUCCUGCUCAAGAUAACCACGUGAACAUGGAUCUCCCUGCGGUGUCAGAGCAGAUCAUGCAGACCCUGAGUGAACUUGCCAAAUCUUUCCAGGAUAUGGCUGACCGCUGCUUGCUGGUCCUACACCUAGAAGUCAGGGUUCACUGUUUCCACUAUCUCAUCCCUCUGGCGAAGGAAGGGAACUAUGCCAUCGUGGCCAACGUGGAAAGUAUGGAUUAUGACCCUCUGGUGGUCAAGCUCAACAAAGACAUCAGUGCCAUUGAAGAGGCCAUGAGUGCCAGCCUCCAGCAACACAAGUUCCAGUAUAUAUUUGAAGGCCUAGGACACCUGAUCUCCUGCAUCCUUAUUAAUGGUGCCCAGUACUUCAGGCGCAUCAGUGAGUCCGGCAUCAAGAAAAUGUGUCGGAACAUUUUUGUCCUUCAGCAGAAUUUGACCAACAUCACCAUGUCACGGGAGGCAGACCUGGAUUUUGCAAGGCAGUACUACGAGAUGCUCUACAACACGGCCGAUGAGCUCCUGAACCUGGUGGUGGACCAGGGCGUGAAGUACACGGAGCUGGAGUACAUCCACGCCCUGACCUUGCUGCACCGCAGCCAGACGGGGGUGGGAGACCAGACCACCCAGAACAUGCGGCUUCAGCGGCUCAAGGAGAUCAUCUGCGAGCAGGCGGCCAUCAAGCAAGCCACCAAGGAUAAGAAGAUAACUACGGUGUAACCGCCGCCCCGUGCAAGGGGGACAGGGGGACGGCUUGUUUUUGCCUCCUUAGUCAUACUCCUUUCUGGCUGUGUUAUUGGGUGUAGUCUGAGCUGACUUAGUUUUCUUGACACGGAUGCUCGAGUGGAGAGAAGGUAUAAGGAUUCUUUUUUUUUUUUUUUUCCGCUUUGGUUUUGGCUUUUCAUAUAAACUCUCAAGGGAAUUUGCAGUACAGAAUGUUGGGAUCGACCAUUUAUUGGAAUGCUGUCCAUUGCAAAGGGUCCGGGGGGGUGGGAUGGGAAGGAAGGUUGUGUGACAUUGGACUCAGGACAAGAUGCAUGCACGAUUACUAAUGCCUGGCCGUUUCGGAGAAGUAUAGAUUGUUGCCUAUGUAAACCUCUCAAUAGGGUUCUAUUGCAUAAACAGUAGGGUUUUUAUGCUCUUGACCUUGUCCGUUGACAGUUCAGUGAAGCCAGUGCAUGUGCAUUGCUUUCUGUCACCAGGGCCCAUGGCUUCUCAGCUGGCGGUAGUUUUCAGCAAAUUUCCCCUUUGGGGUUGGAGGGAGGAAGUCCUCUUAUGUCAGACCUUGGGAGAGUCUUGUAUGCCGUAGCCUAGACACAGCUUAUGGAUUGGUUUGAUGCCUUUUUGUUUUUAUUUCUACUGUCUCAAAACUGAGAACCAGGAAAUGAAUGAUGAAAAUGCAAGAACAAAAGGUAAUUCAACCCUCUUCCUGAUUUUUUCCUCCACUCUUCAAGAGAAAAUGAUUGUUAGAGAAUUUUUAAUCUCACUGGAAAGAUUGUCUGGGUGUGACUGGUUCUUAAAUGCUCACCCUCCUUAUAAGCCCCAGGGUCUUUUUUUCUUUUUUUUUUUUCUUUUUGUCUGUUUCUUUCUUGCAUGUGUGUGUGUACUUUUUUUUUUUUUUUAACAUAUUUGUUGAAUUAACAUAAAGUUGAUUUACAGUGUUGUGCCAAUUUCAUCCAAGGUCUUUCUCACUUUAGAAGGUACCCAAACUGGGUGCAGGGAAGGUAAAACCGCCACAAUGUCCCUCCUCUGUGCAGCCACCAGCUGAGGAUGUUUCUGAGGUAUACCGGGCUGGCAUGGGAGCACGCUGCUCCUGGCACAUUUGCCUUCCCCACUGACCCCACAUCUCCAAGCGUUCUUGCUGCCUCUAUCACAGAAGAAAGCAAUGCACUGACUGGGACACAGCUUGCAAACACGGGCAAGGGAGAGCUGAAAGGACUCGGACCAGAUGAGGUCAUGCCUCAUGCUCUGAUGGUCCAGAAUCUCGCACCUGUUUGUUCAACUUAGGUCUUGGUGGGAAAAGCAGAAAAUUAAAAAAUGUUUCGAGAA